AGUAAUAACGGACGUAAAUUUCCCUUCUUUUUUCUCUAAAUAAUAACUCAAAUAUGGGAUUGCUCAUUAUUUUGUGUUUUUUCGAAGCCAAGGUUCAUUGCUCAUUUAGGUUUGGAUCUUAAUAAUUGAUCGAUUGGAUUCCUCACCUCCCUACUUCCAUCAUUGUUUCUACCCAUUUGCAGUGCCAGGUCCACGAGAAAAAACAUAGAUAAUCCCUACUGGUAACGUGAUUUUUGCUCAGAUUCGGAAGACAAGUUGGGGUUGAAGGGACAGAUUCCCUUCUCUCUACUUUACUGUGCGCAUUUGGAAAAUGCCAGACGUGCAAGCUUCUGUUAAUGAGUUAAUCUCCAAGCUAAAGAGACGUCAAGUCGAGGGAUCGCAUGCUACUGCAAAGGAAACCGCCAUUCUACUUCGAACAGUGGUUUCACAACAUCGGGGGCCCAAUGCUAACCAGGCUUCAUCGUUUAUUGAUGCCGUAAAGGCAGUAGGAUCACAGCUGAUCACUGCAAACCCUGUUGAGCUAGCAGUAGGUAACAUAGUGAGGCGUGUUCUGCACAUAAUCAGAGAAGAGGAUCUUUCUUUGGCAACAACUGGUAUUGGGGGUUUGAGUGUUUCUGCUGGAAGUGACGAUGAUGACGAGACCGAUCGGAAUGGUCGCUUGAUGCUUUCUGCUGCCUCUGUUGCCGCUGCUUCCAGGAGUGCCUUGCGUGCACCAUCCUUGCAUACGCUUCUUGAAGACCUCCCUGACCAGUCGGGAUCUCACCAUACAAGUUCUUCAGGGGGAGACUCUGAAGGGAAAAGCAAGUCUGCUGAUAAGAAUUCGAAGAGCUGGAAGUUGAAGCAGAGUGUUAUUGAGGCAAUCAAUGAAUUGAUUGAGGACAUAGACAAUUGUCAUGCACAAAUUGCUGAACAAGCAUUGGAGCACAUACACCAAAAUGAGGUGAUUUUAACUUUGGGUCGUUCUAGAACAGUGAGGCAAUUCCUAUGUGAGGCAAAGAAAAAACGUUCCUUUCAGGUUUUUGUUGCUGAGGGUGCUCCUAGAUAUCAAGGACAUGUCCUUGCCAAGGAGCUGGUAGCGAAAGAUCUGCAGACCACAGUCAUUACAGAUUCAGCAGUUUUUGCUAUGAUUUCUCGAGUGAAUAUGGUGAUAGUAGGCGCUCAUGCAAUAAUGGCUAAUGGAGGAAUCAUUGCUCCUGUGGGGUUGAAUAUGGUUGCACUUGCUGCUAAAAGGCAUGCUGUACCAUUUGUUGUAGUGGCGGGCAGUCACAAGUUGUGCCCACUGUAUCCUCAUAACCCUGAGGUUCUGCUAAAUGAUCUCAAGUCCCCUUCAGACCUGCUCGAUUUUGGGGAGUUUUCAGAUUGCAUGGAUUAUGGAAGUGGAAAUGGUGCCCCCUUGCUUCAUGUGGUUAAUCCCACGUUUGAUUAUGUGCCUCCACAACUUGUGAGCCUAUUUAUAACUGAUACUGGCGGACACAACCCUUCAUAUAUGUACCGGCUGAUUGCAGAUUAUUACUCAGCUGAUGAUCUUGUCGUGCAACAGCAGAGAUUUGCAUCAAGGAAAUAAAUCAAAAUAUAUGCUUUUUAUACUCCUCACCAAAAGAGAUAGAGAGAGAGAGAGUCACUGAGCAAGCAGCAUCAAUUUGAAUAUGGUGAAAUGGCGUGAUCUUGUAUUCGCUUUUUCUGGGUCAGUCACUGGGUGUGGGACCUCGUUGUAGAUGUCCUUUUCGCAAUUUUUUGGGGUGUAAUUUGGUUUUUCUAGUUGAUUUGCCACUAUGAAUAGUAUGCCCCUGAUAUGUGCCUUUUAGAAAUUAGCACUACUUAUAGCAGUCACCCCAGUGCUACUAUUUCACUCUUGAAUCUUCCCCUCUAUUUGUUGAAUGUCAUAAGAGCCAAGGCAAUAGUGAGCCCUACUUUUUUGUACCUUCUUGAAGGGAGUGAGAGUUUGGAGUUGCAGUAACCCAGUAUGGUCUUCUUUCUUGAAGGAUUAAUUGGAUUUUGGUUUAUAAAAAAAUGGGCUAAUUGAAUUUUAGCCUGAAUUGGAACCGUA